GAAAGGGAAGUGGUUGUAGCCGUAGCCACAAGCAGAGUAGCGCCACCGCCACUCUCUGACUCCUCGAACCGGAGAAUUCUCUGGCAUCAGGGAUUACCAGAAACGAGUAGACACGUGGCAAUAGGAGAGAAGAGGAUGAUGAACAAGCAAUUUGACACGUGCGAGAUUGUGCAUAUUCCAGAGAAGGAACCGCAUGACCUUCAUAACCAACCCACUGAGUUUGUUUUUGCUUCAGCUAUUGACCCACAGAAUGCGAACCACAUUGUUAGGCGUCUGAAUCAAAUAGCACCGUUAGAAAAUCUCCGGCAUGUCAAACGAAUUCAGAAGAAAGUACUAGAAAGAGGACAAGUACAGUUAUCAGUGAUCUUGUGUGCAGCAUCUGAAGGUGACAAUCAAUUGGAUAGUGUGCCGCCUGCUCUCCAGGAAUUGAUUAGUUCCUUUCAGUUGAGUCCUUUUAUCACAAAAGUCUGCAAAUAUGCUGCAACAUCAAAAGAAGAGUGGCAAGAGCAAUGUAAAAUUUGGCCAACAUCAUAUCAUCCAAGGACUUAUAAUAUUGAUGGUAUUACUGGGUUUAGCGACGAAAACUCAGAAUGCAUUUUUAAGUUUAUGCAAUCAGCUAUGGAGUUGGCAACUUCUGAUGGCGUGGUAGUCAAUGCUGCAGUCAUAGUGGAUCCUUCAGCUAAGCAAAUAAUUUCAAGGGCACGCGAUCAGGUUUUUGCUUGGAGCACUAACAAAGAAAACAGUAGCAUCGACUCCAGUUGCAAUAGAAAGUCAGAAUUCUCUAGUUCUGAUGUUAUUUCCAAUAACUUUGCGACACAUGAGUCAUUUCAAGUAAAUGAAUCAAACAACCAACUCAAACAACCAUAUACAGGUGUUGCAUGUUUAUAUCCUUGGCAAUGGGCUAAGCAGCAAUUGCAUUCACAGAGUUCAUAUUAUUGCCACCCUUUGCGGCAUGCUGCCAUGGUGGCUGUAGAAUCAUCGGCUGCCAGGGAUAGAUAUAUUUUCCCCAGCGAGGAAAAUAAUGGAGAAAAACCUUUGGAACUGGAUCACGAGAAUCCUUCUUCUACUAGCUCUCCCGCAAAGAGACAGAAAACUGUUUGUACUACUGUUGAGAAUGAUGAUGAUCAAUUGAAAGCUCGAAAUCAGAGUUCCAAUCAGCUGUUAGAACGACCUUACUUGUGCACUGGAUAUGACAUCUAUCUUGUUUGGGAACCAUGCACAAUGUGUGCUAUGGCCCUAGUCCAUCAAAGAAUCAGGAGGAUAUUCUAUGCUUUCCCUAACCGGAACGCCGGCGCACUGGGAAGUGUUCACAGAUUACAAGGAGAGAAGAGUUUAAAUCAUCAUUAUGCUGUUUUCAGGGUUUUGUUACCUGAAGAAGCCCUCCAUAAAUGUCAUACUGAAGUCCCUCAGACAUAGAUCAUGUAAUGGAAUAGUGAAGACAUGAUUAUGACCUACCUUCAAAUUAUCAUGUUGUACGUCCUUUUUCCUGAGCAUUUUUUAAGGUUUUGAUCAUUGUUCUAUUUGAGAAUGAUUUAUUUGAGCUAAUUACCGUUCUGUUACACUCUCUGGACAUUUUGGUGUAGUGUAAAUUUUUGCAAAUGACAGCUUAAU